CUCAGAUCGGUCUACGCCCUCUGACUUGCACAUCCUGUAACACCAACAACUCAUGUGGCCAGAAGAAAAACAUGGACAUUUACCAGCAUUUCUAGUCAAAAGACAAUUUGAAAAAACUUUUUUGUCUUAGUGGAAAGCUUGAUUUUUUUUUUGUGCAAAAAUUCAAUCUGUUGAAAUAGUUGAGAAAAAAAUGGAUCUUACCGCCAAACACGGGCAGGUGCUUCUCCAACAGCUGAGGAAUAUGAGAGAGGUUGAGCAUCUGACAGAUGUGGUCCUGGUUGCUGAGGGCAUCAGCUUCCCCUGUCACAGAGUUGUCCUGUCAGCCUUCAGUCCCUACUUCCGGGCCAUGUUUACAUGUGGUUUGCGUGAGUGCAGCAACAGAGAAAUAUUCCUGCGUGACACCCCAGCAGACAGCCUUGCCCUCCUCCUGAACUACAUGUACACCUCUAAUCUUCCACUCACUAAUUCAAAUGUGCAAGGCAUCUCCAUUGCGGCUUUUCUUCUGCAGAUGGACGAGGUCUUCACACGCUGUCAUCAGCAUAUGACUGAGAACAUGGAUGCUUCUAACUGCCUUGGUGUGUUUUAUUUUGCCCGUGAUCUUGGUGCAGAAGAAUUAGCUGACCAUGCUCAGCGCUUUCUGAGGCAGCACUUUGUCCAAGUUUGCCAGAGCGAGGAGAUCCUGGAACUAGAGGCCCAUCAGCUUGGAAAACUCUUAAGCUCUGAUGAUCUCAAUGUAACGCGAGAGGAAACUAUCUUAGACGUGGUUCUUCAUUGGGUCAAACAUGACCCUCUGAUGGAUGGAGAAGUGCGUACUCCGCAUCUACCAGAGCUCCUGAGGAAGGUCCGACUGCCAUUGAUAAACCCUGAUUAUUUAAGAGAAGCAAUGAAGAGGAACGCCGAGCUUCUGGCUGAUGCGGACUGUUUGGAAAUGAUGAAUGAAGCUCUGGAGGUUGCAGCAAUGCAUCCCUCAGCAGCACCACGCAAACUUAAGCUGCGUUAUGGAAUGGAAAGCACAGAUCUGCUGCUUUGUGUUGGAAAUGACAGCGGAGGGAUCAGGUCAAGGUACGGCAGUUAUGCAGAGCGUAGCUUUUGCUUCGCCCCAUCCACAGGUCGAACCUACUACAUCACUUCGCCCCGCUAUGGAGAGGCUCUGGGUUAUGUGUGUGGUGGAGUUGUGACGGAAAGAAAUGAUAUUAUUGUGACGGGAGAGUUAAGUGCGCGCAGAAUGGCCCGACAGAAAGACAUGAACAUUGAGAUCUGCAGGUACAGAGUGGAGGCCCAAGGCAGCUGGGAGCACCUGACAUCAGCAGAGUACCGUGACUCCUAUGCUCUGGGAUCAGUGGGUGAUACUCUGUACCUUUUGGGUGGGCAGAUGAAGUUGAAAAACCAGUUUCUCAUCACAAACUGUGUGGAGCGAUGGUCUCUGCAAGGUGGCCCCUGGCGAAGUGCAGCACCCCUCCCUAUACCCUUGGCCUACCACAGUGUGGUCAGAAUAAAAGACCGCCUUUAUGUGUUGGGCGGUCGCACCCCACAGUCCUGCCGCAUGGAUGAUGAGCCCGAUCGCCUCAGUAACCGCCUUCUUGAGUAUGAUCCAAACACAAACAAAUGGAUGGAACUUAGUCCCAUGAGGUACUCAAAGUAUCGCUGCUGCGCCGUUGUGCUCAACGGAGAGAUUUUUGUAAUAGGAGGUAUUGGAUGUGAGGAUCUGGACCGUGGACAAUCACGUCAUUGUCUGGAUGCUGUGGAAAUCUACAACCCAGAUGGUGAUUACUGGAGAGAGGGUCCUCCUCUUCCAUGUCCCCAGCUCUCACUGCGUACAAAUGCACCCAAUGCAGGAGUGGUGGGAGGAAAACUCUAUGUUUGUGGAUAUUACAAGGGAGCAGAUCGUCAUGAUGAUAUAACAAAGGACAUUUUGGAGCUGGAUCCAUGGGAAAACCGAUGGACUGUGGUGGCUCAGCGCGCACUGAUGCAUGACAACUACGAUGUCUGCUUGGUGGCAAAUCUCAACCCAAAGGGACUCAUUUCCCCACCAGCAGACUUAGUCAAACUGUGACAUAUGAACAAGUCAGAUCAAAGUCUAUGUAGAGAGGUCAGAGGGGGAAAUCAAUUAUUAAAGCACUUAAUGCAGGGCCAAAGGUCUUAGCACUAUGCAUGGAAAACUAUGUGCUUAACGGCUUAAUUGCACAUUGAUAGGUAAAAGAAAAUAAAUUUGUAAAUAUUUGUGUGUCAUCUGUAAAGUAUCUGCAACCUGCAGUUGUAUUGCAUGUAUUUGUAAUAAACUAUUAUGAAGGGAAA